CUGACGUUAUUACGAAGUGAUCGUAACCCAGGGUUCUUCCUGAGGGAGGGGGCCGGUUAGGUCCUGCCCCCCCCCCCCCAGGUUGAGUUAGAAUUGGCUAGAAGUCACCCAGUUACAUCUGAAUUUCAGAUAAACGGUGAAUAAGUUUUUCACGUCAGUCUGCCUCGCUCAGUCUGGCAACCCCACCCCAGGAGGACAUUUGGCAAUAUGUGGAAACAUUUUUGUUGUCACAGCUGGCGUUGCUGCUGGCAUCCGUCAGGAAGAGGCCACGGGUGCAGCUUAGCUUCCUGCAAGGCACGAGACAUCCCUCCGACACAGCCACUACUGUCGCCACAAAGAAGGGUCCAGCCCAGAAUGACAGUACUACCCCUAAUCCAAAAUGUGUAGGACCACAGGUGUUUUGGAUAUGGGAUUUGGGAAUAUUCGCAUCUACAUAAUGGGAUAUCUUGAGGCUGCGACCCAAGUAUAGACAUGAAAUUCAUUUAUGUUUCAUAAUGACCUUAUACACAUAGUAUGGAGGUCAUUGUAUACGAUGUUUUUAGUGCACUGUAGUUUUACAAAUCUUAUUAUUUAGUUAGUUACAAGGCAAAGAGACAGGUCCAGAGAACUUUUAUCCAUUGAUUUACUCCAUAGGUGUCUGUAGCAGCCAAGGGUGGGCCUGAGCCAAAGCCAGGAGCCAGAAGCUCAAUCUGGGUCUCCCACAUGAGUAGCAACUACUUGAGCCAUCACCACUGCCUCCCAGGUCUGCAUUAGCAGGAAGCUGGAGGCAGGAGCCAGAGUCUGGUGCUGGACCCUGCUCUCCAUACUAGGUCACAGCAUCUUAGCCGCCGAGCCAGACGCCCACUCCAUGAACCUGUGUUUUGACUGCAGCCCAUCACAGGAGGGCCACUGCUUGGAAAGUUCUGGGUUUGGGAGUAUGUUGGAUUUGAGAUUGCACCAGCAAUUGCUGGCUUCCUCUCUGUUCACCGAGGGCGUCCGUCCUGAGCACCGUGCUGAGCCGCUCCCUGAGCGUGACCCUCUGCACUCCUCAUCUCCUUUGUUCAGUGGAUGCGGAUCUGCAAGCCCAGAGAUGUGGCGCAGUUCCCCUUCGGGUCACACAGCCGGUCAGUCCCUGGGGGAGCCAAGUCCAUGCUUUGCCAGGACCCGGAUGGUAGCCUCGUGAUCCUGCCUGACAGUGGGCAGUAGUAGAGAGCUGUGACUUUCAGGCGAGUCUGUGGACAGCGCUUAGGGUCAGGUGCAUACAGGGGAAGCAGAUGAGGCAGGUACGGUGCCUCCAGCCCAGCUCGUGCAGGCCAGGCCGUGGUGUUCAGACUUACCCCUAUCAGAGAGCAGAGUGCUCUGGAAGAUCUGUGAGCAGGAGAGGGUACUUCGAGCUGUACUUGGGGAAGUCUCAGCUGAGAGCAAGCACUGGAUGGACAGUGUCUGGCAGCUCUUAGAGGAAAACUCCCUUCCUUGCCAUAGCCCUCCCUGCCUGCUUCCCUCCAGCGCCUGUCCUGAGAUCCUGUGUGUUGAGAAGUGAAGCCGAGUUCUGACAGGUGCUCGCUGAGUGGACCGGGUAUCUGCAUACAGGACGUCCGUGCAAUCACAGGGAAGAUGCUGUGAGGGAAACAGAGGCUGGCCGGGGAUGGGAAGGGCUUGCAGGGGGAGGGGAGGGAUGGUCUCUUUGGUGAGAUAAUAUUGGGAGGGAUGGAGGGAGGAAGUGGUAGAGACAUCCACAGGAGGGAUGUGCCCAGCAGAGGGAACAGCAUAGGCGAAGGUCUUUUUUUGUUUUUUGUUUUUAAGAUUUAUUUAUUUGAAAGAGUUACAUAGAGAGGAGAGGCAGAGAGAGAGAGCUCUUCCAUCCGCUGGUUCACUCCCCAGUUGGCCACAAUGGCUGGAGCUGUGCCCAUCCGAAGCCAGGAGCCAGGAGCUUCUUCCGGGUCUCCCACGCGGGUGCAGGGGCCCAAGGACUUGGGCCAUCUUCUACUGCUUUCUCAUGCCAUAGCAGAGAGCUGGACAGGAAGUAGAGCAGCUGGGACUCCAGCCAGCGGCCAUAUGGGACACCGGUGCUUCAGGCCAAGGCGUUAACCCACUGCGCCUGCAGUGCUGGCCCUGCGAAGGUCUUGAGUUGGACAAAGAAUAGCAAGGAGGCCCAUGAUGCCGGGGCGGAGCGAGCGAGAGUGGAGGAGGAAGAACCAGAGGCCCAUUCUGCGGGUGACAGCUUUGACUUUCACUCCCUGGAAGAUGAGUGCCCUGGGGGACUUCUGAUCAGGGGGGUGGGAAGCAAAGACAGACACCACCAGGUCAUCAGACAAGAAAGGAAAGGCCCCGGAUUGUUAUUUGCUGAGCUUUCAAUUCCUGGGCUGGAAAUCACCCCCUCCGGCACCCGCUCCCCGGCUCCCCUGCUGUGCCAGGCAGGGGCUCCAGAAUCGCUUGCUGAACGGAUGCCAGGUGGGGUAUUUUGGGCUCUCUGAUGCUUUGCAGGAUUGGCUCUGAUCAGCUGGCGUGCGUCGUGUUUGUGGGCUUCGGAGGGCAGAAAGCCUGCUCAUGAAUAAUGCAGCCCUGUCCACCCCAUGCGCUUUGGUGCUUUUUCAGGUCCCUGGCUUCCCGGAGCUUUGGAUGGUGAUGGGUGUUGUUGGCAGGCUCGGGCACCUGGGCUCCAUGUGACAAGAGUGGCAGGAGGGCCCUAGCUGGGGGUCUCUCCUACAGCAGCCUCGGGAGGGGCUCUGGGAGCUGGAGUAGUGCUUGGUGCUGGUCGAUGGGUAGGAAAGGACGUUUGAGCACCUGCAAAGGGCCUACAGGGCAGGAAGGGAGGGUCUGAGUCCUUGUUCCAGCCCUGCCCCUAACAACCUGGGUGGCUCCUGGCCCUUCUUUCUUUCCUCUGAGUGACAGAGACAGAGCUCCCAUCUUCUGGGUCUCCCUCCACGUGCCCACAUCUGGGCAGCCAAGCUUGCUGCAGGCACCUAUCACUUAGCAAGAGCUGAGGCUGGGCCAGGCCAAAGCCAGGAACUGGGAAUUCAAUCCAGGUCUCCCAUGUGGGCGGCAGGGACUCAAGUGCUUGAGCUAUCACCUGUUGCCUCCUACGUGUGCAUUAGCAAGAAGCUGGAAUGGAAGUGGACCUGGGACUUGAACCCAUGUACCCUGGUAGGGAACAUGGUAUCGUUUUUUUUUUUUUUUUUUUGACAGGUAGAGUGGACAGUGAGAGAGAGACACAGAGAGAAAGGUCUUCCUUUACCGUUGGUUCACCCUUCAAUGGCUGCUGUGGCCAGCGCACAGCGUUGAUCCGAAGCCAGGAGCCAGGUGCUUCUCCUGGUCUCCCAUGCGAGUGCAGGGCCCAAGCACUUGGGCCAUCCUCCACUGCACUCCCGGGCCAUAGCAGAGAGCUGGCCUGGAAGAGGAGCAACCAGGACAGAAUCUGGUGCCCCGGCCGGACUAGAACCCGGUGUGCCAGUGCUGCAGGCGGAGGAUCAGCCUAUUGAGCCGCAGCACCAGCCGGGAACAUGGCUUCUUAAUUGCUAGUCCCAGUGACUAUGCCAGCUCCCUUCCUAUGGUCACGUUUUCCUGCUUUCUGAGUGGAUGGGUUUGGACAACUCCAGGAUUCUAAGAACCUUGGCUUAUCUAAUUUGGGCUGGCGCCACUUUCCGAGAGCCAAGUCUCCCCUGUUUUCUCUACUCUGAAUUUGCCAAGUCUAUAUUUAAGACUCAUGAAAACUCAGCGCUGAUAAGACGUUUCAGGAAAGCCAAGGCUCAGCGAAAGCCAUCCUAAUGAGAUAAGGAUUUAUAAAAAAAAUGACAUAUAAAGAGCACCUUUAUAGAUGACCCCAUUUGAUUAUCCAAGUGCCCCAUGAAGUGGAUCAAAGACCCUUUCAUGGAUAAGGAAGGCGAGGCACAGAGAUGCCUAUGAACUUGGCUAAGGGCAUGGAGAUUAUCAUUGUACGGCCUGGGGUCUUGCCCCAGAGCUCGGCUGGGCACUAGUCUGCAGCUAAACCCAGCACCCUGCCCACAGUUCAGAGCUACACUGAGAGGGUGCAGUGAGGGGCGGAACCAAGCUGCGGGGUCACACGGCCCUGAGUUUGAAUUGUGGCCCUGCCAUUCCAUAGCUGAGCAACCUCUCUGAUGUUAGUUUCCUCGUGUGUCCAACAGCAGGGGCAGGUCCACCCCACAGCAGGGCAGCUGUGCUGCUGCUGCUGGCCAUCAGCAGUGUUUCUGGGGAGGCCUGGCACGGUGCACAGCGCAGCCUGUUGGGAGCAGUGGGUCCCGUCACAGGACGACACUUUGCUGCCCUGUCUGGUCAUAUGGGAACUUGCAGGUGCUCUCAGCACAGAUCUUGCUGUCGCUGCGUGAGCCCGCGGCUGGGGACACUGCAGUUCCCAGAGCAGUGCUGUAGAAUGAUUAGGAAGAGCUGUCUGUUGAGAUCCAAAGCCCUUGAGUGGGAGUGAGCAGGGCUGAGCCUCCGUUGGCUGCAUCGCCAUCCUGGGGCGGGCAGCUGGAUGCCCAUCUGGGUCCCGCUGCCCAUCAGCCCCAUGGAGAUGGUCCCCUGGGAGCCUGCUGGCCCUGCUGCUUGAUGGCCACAGCCACGGGCUGGGUAAGGAGGCUAAGAGUGCUAACCUCAGACGGGGGCAAUGAUUUUUUCCUUCUUUUAAUGAUCGGAGAGCUUGGGAGGUGAAUAGAUUUUUGUGCUUUUUAUCUUUGCACAGUUGUGCGGGACCCUCUGACUGUGGGUGUUUAAGAAGAGUAGCAAAUGUGCCUUCUGCAGGAAUCCCCCCUUUAAAACUCAGCUAGCAGAGGUUGUGAGAGUUCACGCGACCUGGUGGUACUGGCGGCAUUGAAUGACAUCCCCCUUCAAUCUUCUUAUUUAGUAAGUUGUGCUUAAUCAGUAAAUUAGAAUUGCAGCAACCACCAUUUACCAAGCACUGCUCCCAUGCAUUGCUUUGCUUUGUCUGAACUAAUUCACUGGGCCAUCUUCCUGUAGAGCAGGUGCAGGUAGCCGCUCCUGUUUACUGACAAGGAAUUUGAACUCAGAGAGGGAAAGGAAUUGAAUCAGAGCUGAGAAGCUCUGAGCAGGUGGCCGAGCAGGUCAUUUUGGCCACCUCCAUCUUCCAUCCAUGUCAAGUUGGAUAAAGCCCUGUAGAAGCAGAGAAGGAGGCAAAAAAAAUUGGAUUCCUUGGUUCAGAAUUUGGGGUGCAUCAGCUUCAGGUACAGCUAUAGCUAGGGGCUCCUGUGAUGUCAUCAGGGCACUGUGUCACCAUCUCUCUGCUGUCUUCCUCUGUGUUUGUGGGCUUCAAGCUCAGCCUGUCUCUGUGGCCCAGCAGCUCCAGGGACACAACCUGAUGCCGGGCAUGGUGGCAACAGGGAGCGCUUCUCACUUCAUGAGUGUCCAAUCUCUCCGAUCCAGCUCCAGUCACACUGUGCCAAUCACAGUGGGACAGAUUGCUCUGAUGGGUCAAGUCUGGAGGGGCAAAGGGCAGAGUCAACCCGAGGGUAAGGAAGGGGCCCUGGAGAAGAGGCAGGGUGAAGUGACCAGCCAGGGCGAUGCAAACAGGCAGACAGGCCGCGGCCGACUAUAGCAAGGGGCUAGGACACCUGUGUUUGGAACUCAAUCUUGCACAGGAUGAGUCCGCUCUUGUGCUGUGCCAGUGUGGUUCCGGGUGCUGCCUGGAGACUCACUGCGUGCCAGGUAUCUGCCAGAUCCAGGUGUGAAGCCCUGAAAUGGUGCCUUCUGUAUCUACUGUGUGCAAAGAGUGUGUUCCACCUUCGCAGUGCUCCUAAGGGGUCCCCAGCCCAGACCCCCAGUGUGGUGCAGAAUCCCCCUGUGCAUCUUAGGAUGAUAACAAAGUGUAAUUGUCCAGGUGGCCUUUUUUUAUUUUAUAAAGGCUUUACUUUUUUUACAUUAAAAAUUUUUUUUUUGAAAGAUUUAUUUAUUUAUUUGAAAGUCAGAGUUACACAGAGAGAGGAGAGGCAGAGAGAGAAAGAGGUCUUCCACCCGAUGGUUCACUCCUCAAUUGACCGCAACAGCUGGAACUGCGCCGAUCUGAAGCCAGGAGCCAGGAGCUUCCUCUGGGUCUCCCACGUGGGUGCAGGGGCCUAAGGACUUGGGCCAUCCUCUACUGCUUUCCCAGGCCAAAACAGAGAGCUGGAUUGGAAGUGGAGCAGCCAGGACUUGAACCGGCGCCCGUAUGAGAUGCCGGUGCUUCAGGCCAGGGUGUUAACCUGCUGUGCCACAGUGCCAUCCCCACUCUUUCUCUUCUUAAGCCUCUGCCUGGGGUGCCAGCAUCCCAUAUGGGCACUAGUUCAUGUCCAACAGCUCCUAUUCUGAUCCACCUCGCUGCUAAUAUGAGAAAUCAGUGGAAGGUGGCCCAACUGCUUGGGCCCCUGCAUAUGUGGGAGAUAUGGAAGAAGCUCCUGGCUUUGGGUCGGCCCAGCUCCAGCUGUUGUGGCCAUUUGGGGAGUGAACCAGCAGAUAGAAGAUUGCUCUGUCUCUCCUGUCUAUAACUCUACCACUCAAAUAAGUAAAAUCUUUUUUUUUUUUUAUUUUUUAUUUUUUAUUUUUUUUUGACAGGCAGAGUGGACAGUGAGAGAGAGAGACAGAGAGAAAGGUCUUCCUUUGCCGUUGGUUCACCCUCCAAUGGCCGCCGCGGCCGGCGCGCUGCGGCCGGCGCACCGCGCUGAUCCGAUGGCAGGAGCCAGGAGCCAGGUGCUUUUCCUGGUCUCCCAUGGGGUGCAGGGCCCAAGCACCUGGGCCAUCCUCCACUGCACUCCCUGGCCACAGCAGAGGGCUGGCCUGGAAGAGGGGCAACCAGGACAGAAUCCGGCGCCCCGACCGGGACUAGAACCCGGUGUGCCGGCGCCGCUAGGCGGAGGAUUAGCCUAGUGAGCCGCGGCGCCGGCCAAGUAAAAUCUUUUUUAAAAAAUGCACUUCCUCACUCACACUAGCCGUGUCUCAGGGCUCAGUAGCUGGAUAGGGCUAGUGACAUCCUGUGUGACAGCACAGGUAUAGAGAGCUUCCAGAAAGUUCUGCCAUGAUCUGGACAGAAUACUGAGCGCUCCAAAUGUAUUAACAUAGUUCAUGUAAAAGGAGAAGUCAGAAGGGUAAAUGGUGCUUAUUGUCCCAUCACAGAGUAAAUCUAAGCACAGAGAAGUGAAGUGACUUGUGCAAAGUCACACAGCUGAUAAGAGGAGGAGACAGGGCUUGAAGCCAGCCCCUUAGUCACAGUCAGGGACCACUUUUCCUUCUAAGGUCAGAAAGAGGUGGUUACUGUAUUUUAUGGUUUGCCUGUGUGCAUUUUUAAAAAGAGAGAUUAUUUAUUUAUUUGAAAAGCAGAGAGAGAGUUUGAUUUUUUUUUUUUUUUGACAGGCAGAGUGCACAGUGAGAGAGACAGAGAGAAAGGUCUUCCUUUGCUGUUGGUUCACCCUCCAAUGGCUGCCACGGCUGGCACGCUGCGGCCGGCGCACCGCGCUGAUCCGAUGGCAGGAGCCAGGUACUUCUCCUGGUCUCCCAUGGGGUGCAGGGCCCAAGCACUUGGGCCAUCCUCCACUGCACUCCCGGGCCACAGCAGAGAGCUGGCCUGGAAGAGGGGCAACCGGGAAAGAAUCCAGCGCCCCAACCAGGACUAGAACCCGGUGUGCCGGUGCCGCAAGGCGGAGGAUUAGCCUAGUGAGCCACGGCGCCAGCCUAGAGAUUAAUCUUACACCUGCUGGCUCACUUCCCAAAUGGCUGCAAUGGCUGGGGCUGGGCCAAGCUGAAGCCAGGAGCCAGCAUCUCCAUGAUGGUCUCCUGCAUGGAUGGCAGGGGCUCAAGCACUUGGACUACUGUCUGCUGCCCCCCAGGUGCAUGAGCAAGGAACUGGAUGAGAAGUGGAGCAAUCGGGGCUGGAACUAUUGCUCUGAUAUGGGAUGCUGGUGUCAGAGGCAGUGGCUUAACCCACUGCACCACACUGCUGACCCCCGAACUGCGUGUAUUUUCAGUAACCUGAGAAUUUCAUUUCUUAUUUACCCAUAGCUGCCAAUCCCUCCAGGCUGUGGGCAGAGGGGUGGGGCUUGUGCUAGAGCCGGCGUGCACCCGUGGAGACGGGGCGUGUUGCCAGGGGAGCUACCCACGUGCAGCAGGCAGGGCAGCCAGGAGGCACAGGCUGGUCUCCAGGGCAUGGGCUGAGAAUGCAAACCUCUGUGGCCAGUUUUCCUGGGAACAGAAGGAGCUGGAGGGGUCAUCCAUACUCCUCCAUCUUCUCCAUCAGCAGCCAAAGGAUGUCAAGACUGCCCUCAGUGGACGCUCGGGACUUGGGCACUGGGGGACUUUUCUUGUGAAGGGCAGGCAGGGGGGGUGCGACUGCAGGAAGCCCAGGCCCCGUCCCAGAACACGCCUCCUUCCGGGUCAGGGCAGGUUGGCACUCCCCACACCUCUGGGGGAUGAUACCUGGCACCUAUUUAUAGUGAGUCGGUGAACGAUUAACUGGGGCCAGGCUGGCAGCCGCCGGGCAGACGCGUUUACAUCUCCUUGAAGCCCCAACACCCACAUUGAGGGAGGGGCUGGCAGAACCGUGUUCCUAAGCUUGCAGAGCCGUAUGCCAUGGCCUUGUCAUUUUUCGUCCCCUUGCUCUCCCUGGCUGCUCACACCCAAUCCCUGGGCUAUGGGACCCACUCCUGAUUCUUUGCUUUCAUUGUCUGUGCUGCAUGGAGGGUGGGGUGGGGCUGUCCUGGACCUGCAGGUGAGAGAGAGUCCAGAAGAGGAAGCUUUGAGCCGCUCACUGGUGUUUGCUGAGCCCCUGCCGUGUGCCAGGCGCUGUGGCAGGCACUGGGCUGACAGCAGUUAGCACCCCGGGCAGGGGGUGCUCUGCUCUCCUAGGGCAGACAGUCCCGAGGGGAGGCACCGAACAGCCAAGCAAACAGAUCAGAGUCAUGAAGAAUUCAGAAAUGGAUGAGAACGCAGCACUGCGGGAAGAGGAGGGAGACAGAGGCCAGAGUGGGCCAGAGUGGUGGUCAGGGUGGGCUUCUUUGAGGAGGUGGCAUUUGAGCUGGUACUUUAAUGAUGAAAAAGAGCAGCUGUGCAGAGGGCUUGAGGCAUUCGGGGAAAGCUAGGAAGCAGGGAGUGAGGAGGAGGAGGAGGAGGAGAGGGACAGGCAGGGAGGGGUGGGUCCCCUGUGCAGGUGGCAGGGAGGGCUUCCGAUCUGACAGUGCCAGCCCCUUCUCUGCAGUGGCCCUGGAGUCCAUUGUGCUGGGAGCAGAAGCGCCUGUCUGGAAGGAGGCCCUGAGCCUGUUUGCAGAGAGAGCAGGACGCCCGCCAACAUCCGUCCUCGGUGGCAGAGCGGGGAGAGGCGCUGCUCCUCCUCCCCUUCCUCUCCUCCCCUUGCGCCUGCACUGGCUCGUGCCUGUCACCUGGCCUUGAGUCUGCAGCAGACUCUGCUCUGGCUGCUGUCAGGAUGGAUCCGCCACAUGGCAUCUCCCAGCACGUCUAAGUCACCCAUGUGCUGUCGGCUCAGCCCUUCCUCCCGCCCAGCCCCCGGCAACCACCGCUCUUGUUAUUGGUGCUGUAGUUUUGCCUCUUCCAGGAUAUCACAGAAGUGGGGCCGUUCCAAGUCCAGCCUUUAUGGAGCGGCUGCUUUCAUUUAAUGAUAGACAUUUAAGCUUGGGUGUUCCUUUUUUUAGGGAUUCUACUUUGGGGACUGAGAUAAGGAGUCAGGGGGUGCUGGGUGCCCUGGGAGGGAUGGGCUGUGAAAACCAGGGGCUAAGGAUGGACAUGGGGCUGCUGGGUGCUGCUGGACCCUGGCCCUGGGAGCACAGCCAUGGCUGUGACCGUGAUGCCCAGCUGAGGAAGCAGGGGCAUCGGCCGCCCAGCCGCUCUGCUGCCAGUCCUCUGCUGGGGGAACCUGGGCUGCAGAGCAGGAACCCGGAUCCAAAGCCUCGCCUCCGGUGGGCCUGGUGGGCUCCGCCUCUCCCAGAUCAGCGGCCUCCUGGGAAAAUGGGAGUAGUAACUGCAGUAUCUGUAUUGCAUGGUUCUUGUGAAUCUUUGGGCUCAUGAGAGUAAAGCACUCACUGUGGGAAGCACCUGUUGGUGUCUGUUGUAUGAAUAAACAAACCUACUGUGUGCCGAGCUCCUGGCAGGACAGUCUGAGGUUUGAAUCCCCACCCUGCCAUUCCCAAGCUGUGUGUCGUUGGGCAAGUCAUUUCACUGGAAUAGGACUUGGUUUCCUCGUCUGUAGAGUAGAGAUGAGUUUAUUAGUUUAUUUUGUUUAUUAGUUUAUUUUGUUCAUUAGUUUAUUAGUUCAUUUUGGUACCAAAACGUUUGAAAUUCAUGCAUGGCUCUUCCCAUCACCCGUAUUUUCCGUGAACUCUCGGAAGAGCCCCUGUGAAGUGGUACUGUGCUUGCAUGGAACCCACCCACCUCCUUCGGCAAAAUCCUCAUCCUCUCUGGACUACUGAUGGCCCCUAACACAGUGUGAAGCAGAUCAUGGAGGAGGCCGUCACGCGCAAGUUUGUGCACGAGGACAGCAGCCACAUCGUCUCCUUCUGCGCGGCCGUGGAGGCCUGUGUGCUGCACGGGCUGCGGCGGCGGGCGGCCGGCUUCCUGCGCAGCAACAAGAUCGCGGCGCUGUUCAUGAAGGUGGGCAGGAGCUUCCCGCCGGCCGAGGAGCUGAGCCGCAAGGUGCAGGACCUGGAGCAGCUGAUUGAGAAUGCACGAAACCAGAUCCAGGGCCUCCAGGAGAACGUGCGGAAGCUGCCGAAGCUGCCCAACUUGUCCCCGCUGGCCAUCAAGCACCUGUGGAUCCGCACGGCCUUGUUUGAGAAGGUCCUGGACAAAAUUGUGCAUUACCUGGUGGAAAACAGCAGUAAAUACUAUGAGAAGGAAGCUCUCCUGAUGGACCCCGUGGACGGCCCCAUCCUCGCGUCCCUGUUGGUGGGGCCUUGCGCCCUGGAAUAUACCAAGAUGAAGACCGCUGACCACUUCUGGACGGACCCCUCGGCCGACGAGCUGGUCCAGAGGCACCGCAUCCACAGCUCGCACCUGCGGCAGGACUCGCCCACCAAGCGCCCGGCCCUCUGUAUCCAGAAGAGGCAUUCAAGUGGUAGCAUGGACGACCGGCCAUCCCUGUCUGCCCGUGACUAUGUGGAGUCCCUGCACCAGAACUCCCGGGCCACCCUGCUCUAUGGCAAGAACAACGUCUUGGUUCAGCCGAGGGAUGACAUGGAGGCUGUGCCGGGGUACCUGUCCCUCCACCAGACGGCUGACAUCAUGACCUUGAAAUGGACGCCCAACCAGCUGAUGAAUGGGUCUGUGGGGGACCUGGACUAUGAGAAGAGCGUCUACUGGGAUUAUGCCAUGACCAUCCGCUUGGAGGAGAUUGUCUACCUGCACUGUCACCAGCAAGUGGACAGCGGCGGGACGGUGGUGUUGGUCAGCCAGGAUGGCAUCCAGAGGCCGCCCUUCCGCUUCCCCAAGGGCGGGCACCUCCUGCAGUUCCUCUCGUGCCUGGAGAAUGGGCUGCUCCCCCACGGGCAGCUGGACCCCCCGCUCUGGUCCCAGCGGGGGAAGGGCAAGGUGUUCCCCAAACUGCGCAAGCGAAGCCCUCAGGGCUCUGCUGAGUCCACGUCUUCGGACAAGGAGGACGACGAGGCCACGGACUACGUGUUCAGGAUCAUCUACCCUGGCAUGCAGUCGGAGUUCGUUGCUCCCGGCCUCUCGGGCAGCUCUUCCUCCAUCUCCGUGGGCCCUGCCUGGAUGAUGGUUCCUGCAGGUCACUCCAUGCUGGUGGUGGCCAGGGGGAGUACGUGGGCACGCACCAGACGGGAUGCCAUCUUCCCAACACCAGGCCCGAAGGAGCAGCCCCCCAUGCCCCAGGAUCUGAUGGAUGUCUCCAUGAACAACCUCCCAUCCCUAUGGCAACCCAGCCCUCGGAAAUCUUCCUGCUCAUCCUGUUCUCAGAGUGGCUCUGCUGAUGGUAGCUCAACCAAUGGCUGCAACCAUGAGAGGGCGCCCCUGAAACUUCUCUGCGACAAUAUGAAGUACCAGAUCCUUUCUAGAGCCUUCUACGGAUGGCUGGCCUACUGCAGACACCUGUCCACUGUGAGGACGCACCUGUCGGCCUUGGUCAAUCACAUGAUCGUGUCUCCGGACUUGCCCUGUGAUGCUGGACAGGGGCUGACGGUCGGGAUCUGGGAGCAGUACCUGCAGGAUAGCACGAGUUACGAGGAGCAGGAGCUGCUGCGCCUCAUCUACUACGGGGGCAUCCAGCCAGCCAUCCGCAAGGCCGUGUGGCCCUUCCUCCUGGGCCACUACCAGUUCGGGAUGACGGAGACAGAAAGGAAGGAGGUGGACGAGCAGAUUCACGCCUGCUACACGCAGACCAUGUCCGAGUGGCUGGGCUGCGAGGCCAUCGUGCGGCAGAGGGAGCGGGAGUCCCACGCAGCUGCCCUGGCCAAGUGCUCGUCGGGGGCCAGCCUGGACAGCCACCUGCACCGGAUGAUGCACCGGGACUCCACCAUCAGCAACGAGUCCUCCCAGAGCUGCAGCUCCGGCCGCCAGAACGCCCGCCUGCAGAGCGACUCCAGCAGCAGCACCCAGGUGUUCGAGUCUGUGGACGAGGUGGAGCAGGUGGAGGUGGAAGGCAGGUUGGAGGAGAAACAGCCCAAGAUCCCCAAUGGGAGCCUGGUGAAUGGCACUUGUUCCCCGGACUCUGGUCACCCAUCGUCCCACAACUUCUCCUCUGGCCUCUCGGAGCACUCGGAGCCCAGUCUGAGCACGGAAGACAGCGUCUUGGAUGCCCAGCGGAACGCCCCCCCGGUGCUCCGACCCGGGGACGGCAGCGUGGAUGACGGGCAGAGCAGCGAAGCCACCACUUCCCGGGACGAGGCCCCUCGUGAGGAGCUGGCUGUGCAGGACAGCCUGGAGAGCGACCUCCUGGCCAAUGAGAGCAUGGACGAGUUCAUGUCCAUCUCUGGCAGCAUGGACGUGACCCUGCCCGAGAAGGACGGCGCCGUGAUGGAGAGCUGGCGGGGCAGCGAGGCGGAGAAGCGCAGCCAGGUGGACAGUGAGGACAACCUCUCCGAGGAGCCCGAGAUGGAAAGUCUCUUCCCCGCCCUGGCCUCUCUGGCCGUGGCCACUUCCGCCAACAGUGAGGCGUCCCCUGUGUCGUCCAGUGGUGUCACCUACUCUCCCGAGCUGCUGGACCUGUACACGGUGAACCUGCACCGCAUCGAGAAGGACGUGCAGAGGUGCGACCGCAACUACUGGUACUUCACGCCCGCCAACCUGGAGAAGCUGCGCAACGUCAUGUGCAGCUACAUCUGGCAGCACAUUGAGAUCGGCUACGUCCAGGGCAUGUGUGACCUUCUGGCUCCACUGCUGGUCAUUCUGGAUGACGAGGCCCUGGCCUUCAGCUGCUUCACGGAGCUGAUGAAGAGGAUGAACCAGAACUUCCCGCACGGAGGCGCCAUGGACACGCACUUCGCCAACAUGAGGUCGCUGAUCCAGAUCCUGGACUCGGAGCUGUUUGAGCUGAUGCACCAGAACGGCGACUACACUCACUUCUACUUCUGUUACCGCUGGUUCCUGCUGGACUUCAAGAGAGAACUGGUCUACGAUGACGUCUUCUCCGUCUGGGAGACCAUCUGGGCAGCCAAGCACGUGUCGUCCGCCCACUAUGUGCUGUUCAUCGCGCUGGCCCUGGUGGAAGUCUACCGUGACAUCAUCCUGGAGAACAACAUGGACUUCACAGACAUCAUCAAAUUCUUCAACGAAAUGGCUGAGCGGCACAACACCAAGCAAGUGCUCAAGCUGGCCCGGGACCUCGUGUACAAGGUGCAGACGCUGAUUGAGAACAAGUGAGGGGCACCUGGCCAGGUGGCGUCCGCCGAGCCACCGCCCACCUGCCUGUCCUUCCGUCACUUUCCCUCCCAGCUGAAGGCCGCUCUGGGAGCAGGAGCGGGGCCCUGGUGUCCGUCUGCGAGCAAGGACUCCUGUGCGGAGAGAAACCACCUGGCUGUGGCUGCCGGCUGGGUGUGGCCGGGGGCGGGGCGGGGGGUGGCCCCUUCAAGUUCAGCCUUACGUUUUCCUGUUUGACCAAAGAUGGCCGAGUCUGAGAUCUCUCCCAGGUGGGAGUUGGGGGUUCUCGGUGGACGGGGGAAAACCGCUUUGCCCCUGCUCCCCAGAACGGGCUCCUCGUCCCCACCCCCUCCGCCUUUCCCUCCCAGCCCCCCAACUUGGCAGAUGACACCUGGGGAGGGAAUCUGUUGGGGACCUGGUCCGGGAGCGAAAUCCAGGUCCCCCCAUGUGCUCAGGGGCCUCUGCCGCCCCUGCCGAUGCUCUCAAAGGUAGCUGACCCCUUCUUAGGGCAGGGUCUUUGCGCCCUGGCGUUACUGGUGUUUGGGGUCCAGGAAUUCUUUUUGAGGGGGUCUGCCCUCUGCAUUGUGGGACGUUGAGCAGCACCCCUGGCCUGGCACCCACUGAUGGCGAUGCCGCUGGCACCCCCAGAUAUUGCCACUUGUCCCCACUUGAGAGCCAUGGGCGUAGAGAAGGGGCCGCAAGUGGAAGCCCCUCCCCACCUUCUUGCCACCACCCGGGGUCCUGAGACCCCGCCCCCUCCCUGAAGACAGCCAGCUUUACUUAAGAGUCCUGUUCUCCCACGUUUCUCCGUCCCCCCCAGGCAGGGUCCACAUUGGGCUCCCCUCCCCCGAGGGAGGACCCCACCUCUCCGUCUGCAGAGGCCUGCACAGAUGUUGCUGGUGAAAGCCAGUGGGACUUCCUCUAAGUGCCAUUGUUCGCUCAGGACCCAAGCGGGGCAGGCAGGUGGGCAGGUGGGCCACGAGAGAAGGUGGAGUGCCUUCAGGAAAUACCUGUGGCUGAGCUGGGGCCGGGGCCGUGUGUUCAUGCACAGGUCCUCAAUCCACACGUAGACCCCAGAUGAGCGAGGGCACCUGACCGCCUGUCUACCCCGUAGAGCCAUCUACCAGCUCUUCCCUUCUGAGGGUGCCCCCGGAAUGGGGGGCCCGGGGAGGAUGGCAGUGCCCGGCGGUGCCACCUCCGGGUGGCCCGAGAACAGCAGCUAGGAUUUGUGGAGUGGGGGAGGAGGGUAUGGAAACGCUGGAGAGAGGGGACCCGUUAGCCCUGCCAGGACAGGGAGUGGUCCUUCCCCUGUGCUGCAACCUGAGUGGGGGAGGGGAGCAGAGGCACCCCCUGCUGGCCCCUGCUGCGACCCCCUCCCCCAGCAGGAGGCGAGGAUGGCGACAAGGCAGCUGCUGUCACAGCCCCAUCCCUGCACCCGCUCCCUCAGCGUCCCAGGUAGGGGAGGAUGUGCACAAGGCCCCCCAGAGAAGAGUUUAUUUUGCUGCUCAGCUGUUCCCCGCUCCAGAGAAUGUUAUUUUAGCAAACCCCGGGGCCCAGCCCGCCCGGCUGGUGUUUAUUUUUCUAACAGACUGGUGGCCAGGUCCAGUAGGCCGUCCCCUCUGCCUCCUCUCGGGGCGUUCCCGAGGGCGCCCAUGGUCGUGACUGCCGUGAGCCGUGUUGAUGCCGCUGGCUGUGUCACUCAGACCCCCGUCCGUCCCGUGUGUCUCCGUGUCCCGGAUUCCAGUGCGUGGGAGUCUGUCUGUGGAGUGCUCUCUCGUGGUCAGUGUUGCCCACGUGGCUUGUGUUUCCUGAAGAGUUGUGUCUAAAUACAGAGAAAAUAUAUAUGAACAGAGAA